GAUACCUAUGCUUUAUGUGCUUCCGCCGGCUAAAGUUGCCCCUUCUUUCCGUUAUCGAUACGCUCUUGUCUUCCUUUCCGAACUAGACUCGUGCCUCAUCGAACGACCAUGGCCACCCGCACGCACUGUUUGUACAGCCUAGCAAAGACGCCUGCUCACCGCACACAAUGGCGACGGAUAUGGAUACAGCGCCGAUUAUACUCGUGCGAAACGCCCGAAGAUUCCAGCAACCACAAACCAAAGCCCCAGUCGACGGAUCCAGAAGACGCAACAUGGUUCCAAACCCUCCGCAGCGAGAUGCUUAAUCGUGAACUACCGCUAGAGCGCGAUGCCAUCGAAGCCCAAGCUGUGAAGAAGCUGGAUAGCACGUUAUUCUCGUUCUUUCCGAAAGGAUGGCAAGCGUCGUCGACCGAGCCCCAACGUACACGGCAGACAGCAAAUGCGGCGAUGCCUCAUGCCAUUGGCGAGCACCUCAUCUUCUGUAAUCCGGCUCUUUCCGACGAUAAACUAUUGCCCGAUGGCACCGAUCAGCUACACAGCCCCGGCGGCUCCUUCGUACGCCGUAUGUGGGCGGGUGGAGCUGUCAGGGUGAACAAGAACCUCUACUUCGACGAGAAUGCUGGCUGGGCCUUGCAUAAACAUAUCUUGUGCUUUGAGCGUAUAAAGGACGUGCGGCUACGAGGGCAGGGUGAGAAGGAGAAGAUAUUUAUCACGAUCGAGCGCAAGUUCGCAAGAUACGACCCUGUCUUCCAAGCUAUCCAAGAUUCCAGGGAUAAGCCUAGGCGGGGACCUUCGCUGGCUGUAGCUCUCAAGGAGCAGAUGCGAAACUGGAACCAAGCAUUUGUGACCGAGGAUCGCAAUAUAGUCUUCAUGCGUGAGCGUUCCGCUGAGGAGCUUGAGGACAUCAAGGCUGGCAACAUGGCGCCUGUCAAAUACCUCCAGCCACUUGGGGAACCCGACUUCUCUCAUACGCUGACCCCCACGAGCACACUGCUUGCUCGGUUUUCGUCCCUCACAUUCAAUGCGCACCUCAUUCAUCUCGAUCGAGAGUUCGCUCGAAACGUCGAAGGUCAUCGGAACCUCCUUGUACACGGCCCAUUGACCCAAACUCUCCUGCUCAAGUUCAUUGGUACUCACUUGAAGUUGAUCCCAGAGGGUCCGCACAUUGUGGAAGCUAUUGAGUACAAAAACCUUGCGCCUCUAUACUGUGGUGAAAAGUUGCGUUUAUGCGCGAAAGAAAAGAUUGCAGCGCGCAUGGACGAUGCUCGGAUGUACGAUGUCUGGAUCGAAGGCCCGACAGGUGGAAUGGCUGUGAAAGGCCUUGUGCGUACUGUGCGGCGGCCAACCCAUAUCAGGUCAAACCGUAGCACGUCGUCAACGCGAAUUCGGAAUGUGCCCUCAGACCAGGCUGCAGCCAUGGACAAGCCACGACAGUCGAAGAGCGAGAAAUCGAAUGAACACCGCCAACCACCGGCGCAAGAGUCGGCAUAGUGCCAAUCCGCCGCCACAUCGCUUCACCUGAACGGAAGUUCACGAUUCCUGAAGACACCGCUCUGACCGUGUUAUCGCCCUUACCCACUCUCCCUCCACUUCCUAAGCAACCACAGCCCCUUUUCGCUGAAUCAGUACGGC